AUGGCGGUGGCCUUCCGACUCCGCAGCCGCCCGGCGCUGGGGGAGUGGUCUGUGGACCAGGUCUGCGACUUCCUGGAGACGCUGGGGCUGGAUGAGGAAUUGCAGCAGCGAUUCCGCAAGGAGUCCAUUUCUGGUCGUGUGCUCAGCGAGAUCACAGACGAGGACUUGUCAGGGCCGCCCUUCCACCUGCCGUUCGGGGUCCGGAAGCUGCUGAGCGCGGAGUUGGCGCAGGCCAAGGGCCAGGCCAAGGCAAGGCAGAGCCAGCGGGAGGUCAGGGCCUUGGUGCUGCAGAAGGGCGUGCCGGCCGAAGGCCCCGCGCUCAGCAGCGACGCCUUGGACCGGAUCCGCCACUGGCGCCUGGAGCCCUCCUCUGGGCGCCUGGUGCGGCGGGAGCCGCCGCUCAGCGAGGAGGAGCUGGACUGCUGGCAGUACCAGGCCGCCUGGUUGGUGUGCCCCAUCACUGGCAAGGCCUGGGCCCGGAGCGACGUGGUCUCCACCAUGGGGGUGGCCCUCUACCACGCGCCCCGCUUCUGCUCGGACAAGGAGAAGCAGCGUCUAUUUGUGGAGGAGAAGCAGGCACGAAAGUACGACGCGGAGCGGAAGGCGUCGAUGGACCAUAGCGGCACCAGCUUCGAGCGGAACUACGAGGUCUACCCCGUGGUGGAGCCGCCGCCCUUGUGCAACCUGCCGCUUCAGACGGGGAGCUCCACCGCCGAUGCUGCGCAGCUCCAGAAACUGCGGGCGGAGGUGUCAGGUCUGAAGAGCCGAUCCACAGCGGUGCAGCGGCAAAUGUUCGAAGGCCUAGGUGCAGGGCAGGACCAGGAGGACGUGGGCCGCGCUCUUGAGCAGCUGAAAAAGGAGCCCACGGACGACGUCGAGCUAGCGCAGAAGUUUGGAGUCUACGAGUCCUACUUCUCCGGUGUGGUGGAGCUCCGCACGGACCUCUUCGGCCUUUGGGAGCGUGGCCGCGCGGUGCUGUCUGCGGCGGAUGCGCGCACCAUGCAUGCGGCGCUGGGGCGCGUGGACAGCUUUGACAACCUGUCGAUCCCCGAGAGGAGCCGCUUCUGGUUUGUGUACCACAUGAUGAGCACGGCUUCAAGCAACCACCAGAAGAUGCAGAAGAUAUUCGAGGACCUGGAGGAGCUCUUUGAGGUGGCGCAGGACCAGGAGGCAGCCACGGACUGCCUGGAGCUCACGGACGAUCCCGAGCUGGGCACCAUGGAGGUGAUCAUCGGCCCGGCCUUCGACAUGGACGCAUACAAUGACGGGGUGAAGGGCAACAAGGCCAAGGGGGUGCUUUCUGCAGAGGAGCGGGGCGUUUUGGACAUGGAUCGGCAGUAUAACGCCGUGAACUUCCAGUACUUUGCGCAGCAGGCGGACGCUGGGGCCACCAAGGAGGGCGCAGAGGCCUCCUUUAAGCGCCGGCUCUGCACCAGCAGGCUGAGCUUCUACCUGGAGGAGUCCCAUGGGUCCAGGAUCUUCCCCAGGAACAUCCUCUCUCAGUUGAGCUUGCUCUUCUACCGCCGGAACGACGCACUGCGCCUGCCCAACGGACAGGUGAACGAAGUCCGGGUGGCCGUCUGCAUCCGCAAGGCGAUCCCGCGGAUGUUGCGGGCCAUCGUGCUGGACGUGUUUCAGGGAGAUCGGAACUUCACGCCUCACAUGGAGAAGGCGGUUCGGGUCUACCUGGCCGUGCACCAAGUGGCCAUCAAGCUGCUGGCCACCUUUAGGAAGAGCUUCGAGCUUCUGUACCAGUCUGUUCUGGAGUGGAUUCAGCAGCCUUUCAGCCCGAAGAGUGAUGCAGACUGGCCGGACUUGGAGGAGUUGCUACUGGGCUCCUCCCUCUGCAGCGUGCCGUGGUCUUUGCUUCGGGAGGCCUUCGUCCGGAAGCUUUGCGUGCAGCUCGCUGAAACGACGACCAUGAGCAACAAAGCUCCAAUGUCUCAGCGUGCAGAGCACCUCUUCAACCAGAACCGGGGCCUGCUGGAGCGGCUCUGCUACAUCCUCAGCUUCUUCCGCGCCGGGCCCGGGAAGCUGCCCGUGCAGGAGAUGGACAAGAAGUACAGCCGUUGUGCUGGAACUCUGCCCAAGGCCGAGCGUGAUGCUCUUGUUGAGGCUGCCAAGGAGGGCGCGGGUAUCUCCUCGCUGCCGGACUUGUGGGCGGCCCUGGGCAUGCAGCGCGCCAACGAGGACACUGCGGCAGUGCUGCGGAGCAUCGAGCGGUUUUUGGAGUACGUCCAGGCCAACGUGGCCGCCUGGCGCGCCGCGCCAGCGCCUGCGGGCGCCUCGGAGGGCCCGGCGCUGCCGGCACUGGCGUUGGAGCAGCUGUCGGCCAUUGCGGCCGUCCCCGCGCGCGUCACCGGUGGGGGCGCGGCCACGAAGCGGGAGCGUGAUCAGCAGCGAGCGCAGCAGCUAGCGCAGGAGAAGGCCCAGCACAAGGGCUUCCCCAAGUUGCCGCCCUCCAGGAGGCUGGACGGCACUCUCUGCUACUACUGCCUGAAGCGCUUCCCCAGCAGGAUGGCGCUCUUCACGCACCUGCGGCGGCUCAUCGACAAGGACCGCUUCGUGGAGGGCCACCAUGAGGCACACUACAUGGUGAGCGUGGCCGGUCCCGAGGCGCUGCCCUUGGGCGGCAAGUGCAAAGCCAAGACCUGCGGCAAGCACUUCGACUCCAAGAUGGAGCUGUGGCAGCACUACCACGAGAUGGGCGUGCCAAACUUUGCGGACGCACCGACCAACCCGGCGGAUCAGGCCGGAUACGUGAAGGAGAGCCACCUGCAGGAGGACACCGGGCCGGACGAGGCUCCAUUGGACAUGUCCCAGUGUGCAGUUUGCCUGGACAAGCCGGCCAAUGUCGUCAUGGUGCCCUGCGGCCACAUCUUCGCGUGUCAAGGCUGUGGCCAGAAGCUCAAGGAGUGCGCCAUCUGUCGAUCCAAGGUCUCCCAGGUCUUAAAGGUCUACUACAGUGCGGAGCGCGAUUAG